AUGUUUCAUUACCUCCAGCCUCUGCUGGGGGUUCAGCUGUUUCUCUCAUGCUGGGCACAGGCUGUCCCUGGAGACCCCAACCACUUCUUCUACCACGACCUGCUCAGUGGAAACGGCAAUGGAGAGAUCUAUUUUAACGGUGUGAAGCUCUUUGUGGAGUCCACUCAGCGGUCUGUGUUUGCAGUGCGGGGGGGUAAUGCCACCCUGUCGUGCAGGUACUGGUAUGAGCCUGAACUCACGUCCCCAAGGCAGGUCCGGGUCAAGUGGUCCUGGGUGCCUGCUGGUGAGGGACAAGAGGUCGAUGUGCUGGUGGCCAUUGGGACCCGCAGUCGAAGCUUUGGAGACUUCAGGGGCCGUGUGCGUCUCAGACAGGACUUUCCAGGAGAUGCUGCGCUGGUCAUGACGGAGCUCCAGCUCAACGAUACAGGCCGAUAUCGCUGCGAGGUCGUAGAUGGACUUGAGGACAAGAGCUCCUCAGUUGAUCUGGAAUUACGAGGUGUGGUGUUUCCCUACCAGCCGCCUCAUGGACGUUACCACCUGAGUUUCCUGGAGGCCCAGCAGGCGUGCGAGGAGCAGGACUCCACCCUGGCCACCUUCGAGCAGCUCUUCCACUCCUGGAAAGAGGGUCUGAACUGGUGCAAUGCGGGCUGGCUGGCUGACGGGACAGUGCAGUACCCCAUCACCCAGCCCAGAGUCCCGUGCGGGGGGCAUGACCUCGCCCCGGGGAUCCGCAGCUACGGCAGACGCCACCGGCAUCUUCAUCACUAUGACGCUUUCUGCUUCUCCUCCUCACUCCAAGGGGAGGUCUACUACCUCCAGCACCCGCUUAAGCUGAACCUGACUGAAGCUCAGGAGGCGUGUCAGGAGGAUGGAGCUGUGAUAGCCAAGGUGGGCCAGCUCUAUGCUGCCUGGAAACUCACGGGGUUGGACCGCUGUGAUGCUGGCUGGCUAGCUGACGGAAGUCUUCGCUAUCCCAUCACCAAGCCCCGUACAAACUGUGGCCCCUCAGAGCCAGGGGUGCGCAGCUUUGGCUUCCCACCACCUCAGCACAAACAUGGAGUCUACUGCUUUAGGUCAGCCGAUGUGUGAAUGCAGAUCCCUUCUCAGAGUUGAUUUUGAUUU